AUGGAGAGGGUUAAUCAAUGUUUUCGAAAUGCGUGCCAAAGUUCUAAUAUCCCUGGAUGUCUGGCAUUCAUUGAUUGUGGACAUAGCCAUGUUGGGGACAAUCAGCUUGGCUUAUCAUCAAACCAGUGGAACAACAAUGCAGAUGCUAUUGCAUGUUGGAAUUCCUCUUCCACAGGUUCUUUUGCUUAUGGGAUUUAUAACAAUGCUGUUCCUCUUACUACACAAACAGACAUCGUCACCAAAUACAUAUAUGCUCUAUUUUGGGGGUUACAGCAAAUCAGUACUCUGGCCGGUAACCAAACACCAAGCGACUUUGUGUAUGAAACCCUUUUUACUAUAGCCAUCAUAGGAAUGGGACUUUUGCUUUUUGCGCUUCUCAUUGGAAACAUUCAGAACUUUCUUCAAGGUCUUGGACGGAGGAGGCUAGAAAUGCAACUUAGAUGCGGUGAUGUUGAGCAAUGGAUGAGUCAUAGGCGCUUACCAGAAUACCUCAGAAGGAGAGUACGAGAGGCUGAACGAUAUAGUUGGACUGCAACAAGAGGGGUGAAUGAAGCAACACUAAUGGAGAACUUUCUAGAAGACCUCCAAAUGGAUAUAAGACGCCAUCUCUUCAAAUUUGUUAAGAAAGUUCGAAUAUUUGCUCUGAUGGAUGAACCUGUCUUAGAUGCCAUUUGUGCGAGACUGAGACAAGCUACUUACAUUAAAGGAAGUAGAAUUUUGAGUCAAGGUAGUGUGGUAGAGAAGAUGGUAUUCGUGGUGCGUGGCAAAUUGGAGAGCAUUGGAGAAGAUGGUAUUAGAAUUCCUUUAUCUGAAGGAGAUGUUUGUGGUGAAGAACUUCUGACAUGGUAUCUUGAGCAUUCUUCUGUCAGCGCAGGUAUGAAUCACCUUAUUGGAGAUCCUUUGCAGCAAUCCGACCCACGCGCAAGUAAUGUACUUUCUUUUCACUGUUAUUUCCUCGAAGACGAAGACGAAGAAGAAGACUCCCUCAUGAACCCUUCACACUCUUUUCUUAUAUAUGUCUUGGUUUACUUUCAAUAUCUGCACUCUGAAACUAUAAACAAUUUGUGGUGGUUCCUUCUCACAGGUCACAUCUCUUACCCCUCUUUCUAUAACACCCUUGCUUUACCUGGAAACCUUUUUCAGGAAAAUAUGGAGGCACCACCACAGUCCCAAACACCAGAAAAUGAUUUUCUCAACAACUAUGAUAGCAACAAUAAAUAUUUAGUUAAGUCUGGAUCACUGGGAAUGUGUCAUGAUGCAUAUUGUUUAACUUGCCCAAUUUACCUCCAGGCUACCCUGCAAAGGAAUUCAAACCCUUCGGAUAUGUUCAAUGAUAAGUUUCCCAAUACCCUUCAUGGGGAUGCCAGCAGGAGUAGGGCAAAAAGGCUCCUUUUGUUCAUUAAAAAUCUUCCAAUUAUGAAUCCACAUAAUAAACAGGUUCAACGAUGGAAUAAGUUUUUUUAUAUCUGUUGCUUGGUGACAGUUUUUGUGGGUCCAUCAUAUGUCUUCAUGCUCUAUUUGCAGAAGGAAAAUAUGUGUAUUUCUGCGGACCUAACUGAUUCUCUGCUUUCUGAAACAAUUUGGAGGUUGAAUACUGCCAUGCAGUGGGUAAACAUUGUUUUGCAGUUUAGGAUGGCCUACGUUUCUCAUGAGUCAUCUUCACGAGCUGCACAUUUAAUUGACCAUCCCAAGAAAACUGCGCUUAAGUAUCUGCAGACUUAUUUUUUAAUCGACUUAUGCAUUGCGGGUUCCCUCCCUGACUUAUUGCUAGGACCACUUUAUGACCUGGGAUUUUUUGAAGAAACUAGCAUCAUAUUUGAUCGGGGAAUAGAAAUCUUUACGAUGUAUUUUCUGAGAUUAGUCAGGUUGCUGCGAAUUCGAUGGUUUACAAGGGAAACGUCAACCCCGGCUAAAAUCUUUAAAAAUCUUCUCAUCGUUGUGCCAUUCGGCUAUGUUGUUGGUUCCAUCUGGUAUGUAUUUGGUAUAGAGAGAGUUAAUGAAUGCUUGCUAAAUGCCUGCAACAAUAUCAAUUCCAUUAAAACUACAUGCUUAGCAUUUACUUAUUGUAGCAGUAGCGAUGCACCUGGCCUCUGGAAAGAUAAUGAAAAUGUCACUGCUUGUUUGAGUUCCUCUUCCGCUAGUCACUAUGGGAUCUUUCAAGAUAUUGUACCACUUUCUACUGAAACUAGUCUCACAAAAAAAAUUUCAUUUUCAAUGUUUUGGGGCUUCAAGCAAAUCAUUACUCUAGCAGAUAAUCUAACUCCAAGCUCAAAAUUUCCGUUGGAAGUGUAUUUUACAAUGGCCAUCAUGGGAUUGGGACUUUGCUUUUUUACACUUCUCGUUACAAACAUACAGAACCUUCUUCAGGCCGUUCAAAGCAGGAAGACAGAAAUGGAAUUUAGAGAUCGUGAUGUCGAGCAAUGGAUGAACCGUCUUAGAUUACCAGAAGAUUUAAGAAGGAGAAUACGAAUAUUUAUACGGUUUGAUUUGCCAGCAACAAGGGGUGUCAAUGAAGAAACGAUUCUGGAGACUUUGCCAGAUGAUAUCCAGACAGACAUAAGACGCCAUAUCUUCAAAUUUUUGAAGAAAGUUCAAAUAUUUAGCCUGAUGAAUGAGGCAAUGUUAGGUGCCAUUUGUGAGAGACUAAAACUAAAGAGAUACAUGAUGGGAAGUAAAAUUUUGAGUGAGAGGGGUUUUGUAGAGAAGAUGAUCUUUGUUGUGUGUGGGACGUUAGAGAGCGUUGCAGCAGAUGAAACUAGAAUUCUAUCGGUUGGUGAUGCUUGUGGACUAGAACUUCUCGCGUCGUAUCUUGACCCUGAUUCUGUCAGGACAGAUUGUGAAAAGUUAAGCAACAGUUCAAUAAGGUGCUUAACAAAUGUAGAGGCCUUUACGCUUGGGCGUGCAGACCUUGAGGAUGUCUUUAGUCUUUUCUCAAGAUUCUUGCAGAACCCUCGUGUUCAAGGAGCAAUAAGGUAUCAAUUGCCUCAUCGGAGAUUACAUGCAGCUAAACGGAUUCAGUCUGCAUGGAGAAACAGGAGGAGAAGAAGCUCUGUUGAAACAGAUAGCAUUAGCAUUCAAAUUGAAAGAAACUCUGAGGGUUCAUCAUGAAUUUGAUUGAUAGGACCUACUCCAUGUUAGCCAGAGAAUAAAUUUGGAAUUCUUUGGAUUUAGAUUUUCUAUCUAUUGUUAGGUUUCUCUGUGUUGUUCAUCUGAUGCGUCUUCAAAAGAUUUUGAAAUCAGUAUAUUUAUUUUAUUUA